AUGCUAUCAGAAAACGCUUUGGUUGUGCACCAGUUCAAAAAUAAUUUCAAAAUUUUUGCCAUCAGGAAAAAAGUUAAAAUGACGGACAAACCCAAGCGUCCCAUGUCAGCAUACAUGCUAUGGCUGAACAGUGCAAGAGAACAGAUUAAGUCCGAAAAUCCCGGCAUGAAAGUCACGGACAUUGCUAAGAAGGGAGGAGAAAUUUGGAAGUCAAUGAAAGACAAGAGCGAAUGGGAAGAGAAGGCUGCUUUAGCUAAGGAGCAAUAUGCUAAAGAUUUAGAGUCAUACAACGCCAACGGCGGUGGUGGCGAGGGUGGUGGUAAAAAGGCACAGAAACGGGGCAAGAAAGGAAAGAAGGCUGCGCCAGCUAAAUCCAAGAAGAAGAAGGAAGAGUCAGAAGAAGAGGAUGGAGAGGAAGAGGAAGAAGAUAGCGAUUGA